CACUUACAUUUAUUUGAGUUUUUUCUUAUGACGGGCAUAAGUGUCAAUGACCUGUUACGUUUAAAUCUAAAUGGUUUGGACUAAUUAUAUUUUCAUAGGCUAAUUUUAAGUAAAUAUGAUGGACUGAUUCUAUUUUCAUUGGCUAAUCUUGUUAGACUUAUUCCACCCCAAAAAGUUGGAGUACACUCUAUAAAAACACUAAUAAUAACUCAAGGGAGUAUUCAAGGCAUUGGGAAGUUUCAAUGGAGCAAAGCAUGAGAAACAUGAGAAUUAAUGAAGAAGAAAAGGAGAUGACUAUAUACUUGAAGAUCAAUAAAACAGUUGCUUUAAGAGUUAAGGAAUCAGAUAGUAUCGGAAACAUCAAAUCAUUAUUACAUGAUAACGAGGGCAUACCUGAAUGUCUUCAGCAUCUAUUUUCAAAAGGGGUUGAGCUAGCAGACGAACUAAAACUAGUCGAUUAUGGCAUUACCACAAACUCCUUUCUUCAUGCUUCUGUCGACAAUUCAAUCUCGAGGAUAUUUUUUGUGAAGAGACCUUAUGCUAUUGAUGCAAUUACGGUUUGUUCAAGGAUUUGCGAUACUAUCCAGGAUGUCAAAUAUAGGAUUGAGGCCAGUGAAGGAGUAGAAUCUACAGAAUUCUCUCUUAUUCAUGACGGAAAGUUUCUUGAUGAUGACAAAACUUUUGCUUUUUACAAAAUCGAUAGUGGAUCAAUGCUUCAUAUGGUUUUGUAUCCAAGAGACAAGUUUCUUAUUUCCAUAGUAAUGCCAUGGGAGAAAAUUGUAAAGAUAGAAGUCAAGGCUGCCUUAACUGUUCGCGAAGUUAAAAGAAGUUUAGAGAGCAAAGUUCGCUGGCCAAAAAAUUCUAUGUAUCUGUUUUCUGGAAACCAGAAAUUGGAAGAUUCAAAGACAUUAUAUCAGUGUGAUAUCAACGAAGAGUCCAUCAUACAGGUAAAGUAUAGAACUAUACAGAUCUUUAUCAAUACGGGUGAUGGAAGUACUACACUAGACGUGCACAGGCACGAGUUGAUCAGGAAUGUGAAGCUCAUGAUUCUAAAGAAGCUAAAAAUACCGGUUCAUCUGCAAAAACUUUUCUAUGGGGGAAAAUGUCUAUUUGAUCACCGUGAUUUAGCUAGCUACAAUGUUAAAAAGGAAUCGAAUAUCAUGUUUGAUAUACGACUUCCCCCUCCUGCUAACAUCUAUGAAAGAUAUGAACCUUAUUUUACGAGUAGCCAACCGGUAUCUAACAUGAGGUGUCACCACCAGACAAGUUUACGUAAGAUUAAAGGUGUGGUUUCUAGAUUUACAUCCGUUGCUCAUUUGAAGACGUUGAUCAAGUACGACUUAAAAGUAAAUGUGAAGGAACUAUAUCUACGCGGCAAGCUUUUGAGUGACUUAUGUUGUCUUGGUAAGUAUGGAAUUACAAAGAAAACAGAGUUGGGAAUCCUUUGCUGAUUGUUUAGACAACUUAGUUAUGUAGUAUAUAAAGACAGAAAGUGUCUGUUUUUGCUGCAUUUUUUUGGUUUGGUUACAAUAUGUUGAUAUUUGGAAGGGUUUGAAGUUGUUUUGUUUUACAUCUUUAGAUGAUCUUGAAAUUGAAAACCAAUGCAAUGGUAUUUUGUUAGUCUCAUCUCUUGUUUUCUUUGCUUCGGUUAUCAUAUUUUUAUUCAUUAUUUGUUAUCGAUAUUCUUCAUUUCCCUUUUUUCUUUGUUUCUUCAUUGUUGUAUUACCUCUCCAAACAUGUUUUGAUAUAUUUUAGCUGAGCCGAAGAUCUUUCGGAAGCGGUCUUUCUACCUUCACAAGGUUGAGGUAAGGUCUGCAUAUACACGAUCCUUCCAAUACUCUUUUUCUUUAUAACUAUGGUGUUUGGGCCAAGUUGCACGCACCUCGGCUAAAUUCACGAGAUAACUCUCACCUCGACCCUUCCAAUACUCUCUCUUUUACAACUGUGGUGUCUGGGCCAAGUUGCAAGCACCUAGGCUAUAUCCACGAGAUAACUCCCACCUCGACCCUUCCAGUACUCUCUCUUUAACAACUAUGGUGUCCGAGCCAAGUCGCAAGCACUUCGGCUAAGUCACGAGAUAACUGCCACCUCCGACCAUCAAUAGGUACUAGGUAAUUCUAGAUGCAAAGGCUAUAACAUAUGGAUAAAAAAAAUCUUAUAAUGUUUUGUCUCGAUUUGAACUUGAGACCUCAUGAUGGUUAACCCAUUGACCAGUCGGCUACACCCUUGAAUGACAACUAGUACUGCUUUUGUUCUAGUUUACAACACUUUCUUUUUUAGGCUGUUCCAAAAGUAAUGUAACAAAUGAGUAUUUUCAAGUUUUUAAAAUAUCAACUCAAUUUUCAUAUUUAAAUUCAAAAUCUAGUUCUUCAAACACAUAAUUUGGAAAAAACAAAAACUCAUAAACAUAAAAGCAUAAAUUAACUUGAAUUCCAACCAUUACAAUGAACAAUACUCAGGCUACCACAAAGUACUCACCACAGAGUGCUCACCCGAAAAACAGAAACUGUAACAGAGGUUAUGAAUUUCCUAAAAAUAAAAUAAAAUCUAGCUCCAACUAAAAUAGAAAUCAAGUAUUCCCUCGGAAAAGAGAUACAAUCCAUCUGUCCUAGCAUGCCAACUACACAAAUGCCCUUUGUUACACACAGCAUUAUAAUUGUCAUAAUCAAAGACAUAGAAAAAGCCUUUUUUGCUGAAAUCAGAAGUGUGCAUGUCACAACUUGCUAAUGUUGGUUUAAUAUUAAUAUCAACAUUCCAUCUUAAAUGAGAAUUUGGUCGUAGUGUUGUUUGUGGAACAUCUUUGUCUUGUGAAUUGCACACUAAUAUUAAUGGAUCUUUCAAAUCAUUAAUCACUUGCCAUGACCAAAUUUCUGAUUUUACAAUACUUGAUGAUUGUAGUAGUAGCAAUAGAUAAAUAACUGGUAGAAAGUUGAUGAAAUUUUGGGAUUUGGAAAGAGGGGGUUUCAUAGUCACACUCAGAAGUAUUAUUGCCUUUUCUGUUCUCUAAUGUUUGCUAUCGCUGCGUUGUUUUUGUAUUGUUCAUUUUUAUAGUACAUGUUUGGAAUCUUUCAUUCAAGAUUUUGACACGCUUAAAAAAAAUUGUAUUAAUUAUAUAUCUCCUUGAAAUAAUCAAGUAAAAAUUGAAAAAUAAAUCGCCACGAUAUCUCAUUUUAGUAGCAAUAUUUAGUAACAAUAUCUUUGUCCAGUGAUUUGUAUACUCAAAGCAAUGAAUCUUGCAAAUCAUUAAUCACUUGUCAUGACCAAAUUUAUGACUUUUACAAUAAUUUCGAGAUUGUGAUGAUUCAUAAUGGACAUUUAAUUAUGAUGUGAUCUUAUUAUUAAUUUGGUUGGUGUUACAUAAGCAUUCCCGUAAUAAAUAAAAACAAAAACUAAUGUUUACAUUAAAUGAUAUCAAUUUAAUGAAUUUACUAAUCAAAAAGAUAAACAUACACUAUUUGUGAUGUGUUACAUGAUAUUCGUUUAGUCCUCCUAGGGCCAGAAACUGAUCCCUAAAUUCAAGUCACAGAAGUGUAAUAAAAUAAUUUUAAAACCCAAUUUUUAUAAAAGAAAUAUAUUAGAGAAAAUGUAGUUAUCUGUUUUAUUUCUCAUUUAAAAAAUAAAUGAGAAAAAAAAUAAAAAAUAAAAUAAAAAUAACUAAUGAGAAAGAACAGAAGUAAUCAUUUAUACCUUCCACAAGAAUUUGCAACUCAAAAUGAUCAAAUAUUAAAAUACGUUAAUUAUAAAAAAAAAAUAGCCUAUGAAUACAUUAUGUAGUCUCUCAGUUUGUAAACUUACAUAAAAAUGCGUUGGGAGUAAAAAAAGAAAA